GUCUCUGUGCUGUAUUUUGCCCGGAGUGCUGAAUUGUCAGGGGUUCGUUCGGAGACGAUUUCUGUACCACAGCAACUAACUUCAUUGCAACUGUGGCAGGAAAUUGUUAAGAGACAUCCAAGACUCAUAACUGCCUGACAGAACUCUUCCUGAAAAGGCUUGGUACCAUAAGGGAUCACAUCAUUCUUGCUGUUCGUCAGGAAUACAUCAUCUUGGGAGAUCAGCUUUUGUUCCUCCAGCCAGGCGACGAGAUCGCAGUCAUCCCCCCGAUUAGUGGGGGCUAGCUCCUGGCAUACAUAUGCAGGCCAACAUAUCCAUUACCAUGAGUGAUUUGGAAGAUAAACCAAAGGAUUUGAUAAAAGUGACAUAUGAGAAACUUUCCACAGAUGAAGUUGCAGAGACAGUCAAAUCUCCAUCUUGUGGGGCAGUAUCUUUGUUUAUUGGUACAACCAGGAACAACUUUGAAGGAAAGAAAGUUGUUCGACUUGAAUAUGAAGCUUAUAUUUCAAUGGCUGAAGUUGAAAUAAAGAAGAUUUGCAGAGAUAUAAGGCAUAAAUGGCCAAUGAUUCAGCACAUCAGUAUCUACCAUAGACUUGGAGUAGUUGAUAUAACUGAAGCAAGUGUGAUCAUCGCCAUCUCAUCUCCACACCGAAGUGAGUCUCUUGAAGCAGUGAAAUAUUGCAUUGCAACUUUGAAAGCAACAGUACCAAUAUGGAAGAAGGAGAUUUAUGACACAGAAGAAUAUACAUGGAAGGAAAAUAGAGAAUGUCUGUGGGCACAAAAUGGACAGAAAUAAUUAGUUCCUGAAGGAAGACUUAUCACAGGAUCUAAUGCUGAAACUUUGAGUCAAAGUUAAGUGAUUAAUGAAUUAAUUGAAAUUGAUGAUUUGCCUUUGCACUAUAGUUGUAUGUACAAACAUGACAUAUGACAAGCAUACUCUACAUAAUGCUAUACUUUUAUAUUAAAAAAUGUAUGAUCUUUCCAUGUUAUGAAUUUUACAAUCUGUUGAAACCUGCUGAGUAAAUGCCUUAUUAAUGUAACUUAAUUUCUUUCUGCUCAAGCACAUUUUUAAACAAACAUAUGCAAUAAUGUUGGUCAAAAUUAAAUUCUGAAGAUAAUCAUGAUCAAAUCAAAGGAAUCUUUUCUAUUAAUUUUAACAUGCAAAAGCUGUUGUUUGCUCACUCAGUUUGUAAAUCUAUUUUGUUCUAAAAAUAAAUUAAAAGUAUAAUACUUUUUUCCUCCAUUAAAAAUUACAGAAAAAUUGUUUAAAAAUGGAAUUUACCCAGCAUGAAAACUAUUUGUCAGAUGUUUUUAGCAUAUGAUUGAUUUGCAGUGCUCUGCAUCACAGAGUAAUGAAAAUUAAAUUUUAAUGUAAUGACCGCAACCUAUGUAUGAAAAAUAAAUUUUUGCCAGAUUGAA